CAAUCAUUCUGCUGCUGGCUGAUGCGCCACGGCAUGAACUACUGCCCCGUCGAGGUUCGUCUCUUACUUAGUAGUAGCUCCACCGGUGAUCGAUCUUUGACAUUAUCUUUCUGGAUUUGUGUUUCAGAGUUCGACACAAUACUACAGUACUCUAUCUCGAACAAUCUGCAACUGACUGCCUUACUCACAUUGAGUACUACCUCUUCAAACAAGUAAUCUGUACGUCCCAGGGAAGGAGCGAUCUUAUCUCGAACGUCAUAUCGUCCCUGUUUCCUGCUUCCAGAGCAGCCGACGCAAUUGCACCCACGCUCUUCAGUACACUCUCUUCUAUUGUUGUAUGAUCUCAGAAAAAACAAGCAACGUCACGCACGCAAUAAAGUAUCAUGGCAAUCAUGCACCGCAACAUGUCCAUUCGGGGCCGGAGGAAUUCCGCGCCCAACCGGACCCGGUUCAGCUUCUCGACGCUGCGCGGCCACCAGCAGCCCGAGACUAGCCGGCGACUCAACCAGCUCAUCAAGAACGAGAACGCGGCCAUCGGCGCCCACGAGAAGGCGGGCCGGGAGCGCGUCUCCAUCGCCAACCAGCUGUCCGAUUGGGGCGAGUGGACCGAGGACGAUGCCGUCUCGGACAUCACGGACAAGCUCGCCGUCCUGAUGGCGGAGAUGGGCGAGCAGGAGGACAACUUCGCCCAGUACCUCGAGGAGUCCCGCGUGGUCCUGAAGCAUAUCCGGGACACCGAGAACUCGGUGCAGCCGUCGCGCGACCAGCGCGCGAAGAUCGCCGAUGAGAUUCAGAAGCUCAAGUGGAAGGAGCCGCAGAGCAACCGGAUUGAUAUCCUGGAGCAAGAACUCGUCAGGGCCGAGGCGCAGAGUUUGGUGGCCGAGGCGCAGUUGACCAAUGUGACUCGAUCGAAGUUCAAGGAGGCCUAUGAUAUCCACCUGGCUGCUGUUAUCGAGCGGGGGGAAAAGCAGAUCCUGCUGGCCCGUCACGCACGCCGUUUGCUCAACCAUCUGGAUGACACUCCGGUCGUUCCGGGAGACUCCCCUCGGGAGUAUGACCAGAUUUCGGCCACCAGGCAGGUCAUUGAGGAUGCCGAGAACGAGCUUCGCGCGUGGGAGAGCAGCGCAGAGCCCAUUCAUACUUCAGCGGGGGACGCUCUGGACAGCACCCUUUUGCCAAGGUCCGGUCGUGGCGUUCGUGACUCGCAAGGGGCUUAUGCAGUCGAGACAACUGCCUCAGACUCCGUGCGAGACGUGAACGGUUCCGCAGAGGGGUCGUAUGCACAAGGAGCUGGAGCGAACGGAUAUGCCCGUGAUACCCCCGCCGAGCCCUAUGUCCAAGGAACUGGGGCGAAUGGAUAUGCUCGUGAUACUCCCGCCGAGCCGUAUGUGAAUGGUCACGGCACCGAGGCAUAUGAUGAAGCCCAUCAGGAGUCGUAUGCUAAUGGAACGGAUCAUGACCGCUACGUCGACGGUGCCGGCUCUGAGCUGUAUGCUGACACCUCCGCCCCGGAGCCCGCAACCACCAAUGCUGCUGAAGAACGCUAUACCGACGGUACAGCUCAAGACCCAGCCGUUAUCAGUGGAACCGAGGCGCAAUCCAGCAAUGUUCCCGAUAAUGAGAAGUACACUAGCGAGGGAGUUCAGGGACAGACUGCCAACAGGGCUAUUUCGAAACCUGUUGGCAAGACCAGCGAAGAGCUGCCGCGGACAUCAGAGGACCUGCAGUCGGCGCAUAUCUCUCGCGGCUCUGAGGUUCCAUAUGUAUCAAGCCCUAUCCCUGCGCAUCCAGUUGCCGUUCCGAUUUGAUCGAUUUGAUUCUUGCCUGUUCAUGUUCGAUCUGGAUUUUGGGUCUCUUGCAUGUUCUAUGCGCCACUCCUGUUACCAUGAAAAAUGUAAACAUAGAUUGAGUUUGUUUCGUUGGUUGGCCGAGUAUAAGUAGCAAUGUGAUUAUUGAUUAUUAUUAUUA